AUGCCGGCGAGCGACCGUCUGGACAAGGUCUUUGCGGCACUCCUGGCCCGCCGGGAGUCAAAGAGCCAGCUCCGGCGGCUGACCCUCGUUCCGGCCGGCAGCGCCGAUUUUUCGUCCAACGCCUACCUCUCUCUGUCGACCCACCCCGAGGUUCAGGCUCGGUAUCUGUCCCGGAUCAAGGCCCACCUCGAGCCGUCCCCGUCCCCGUCCCCGUCCCCGUCUCGGGAGGCACACAAUAGAGAUGGCAGUACUGGUAGCAAGCUCAAUGGCAAUGACAAACCUCAUGGCGUAUCGCUCCUUGGGUCCGGUGGUUCACGCUUAUUAGACGGCAACGUAUCCCUCGCAGAAUCCCUCGAGAGAGAAAUCGCAGUUUUCCACCGCGGCCCAGCCGGCCUACUCUUCAACUCGGGCUUUGACGCAAACGUCGGCCUCUUCAGCUGCGCCCCUCAACCAGGCGACAUUAUCGUCUACGACGAGCUCAUCCACGCAAGCGUCCACGAUGGCAUGAAAUUGAGCCGAGCGGAGAAGAAGAUUGCCUUUGCGCAUAACACGGUGGACCCCACGGAAGCCCAGCAGUGGCCCCAGAGCUUGAGCGAGGUCCUGUCUAGAUUAACCGAUGGUGAGGAGGGCCGCCUGGUGCGCGAGGGUCGCAAACGCGUCUUUAUCGCUGUCGAGGGGGUCUACAGCAUGGACGGGGACGUGGCGCCGCUCAAGAAGGUGGUUGAGUGUGUUGAACGGCUGCUUCCCCGCGGCAACGGCCUUGUCAUCGUCGACGAGGCGCAUUCGACGGGACUUCUCGGGCAAAGAGGGCGAGGGCUUGUUUGUGAGCUUGGUCUCGAGGAUCGGGUGUGGGCUCGAGUUCACACUUUUGGCAAGGCAAUGAGCUGCUCAGGAGCAAUCAUCCUGUGCUCUUACAUCACUCGGUCAUACCUCAUCAACUACGCCCGCAGUCUCAUCUACACCACCGCCAUGCCCUACACGUCUCUGGCAAGCAUUAAGACGGCCUACGACUUCAUCGCAAAUGGUCACUCUGAGCCUCUCCUCCGACACCUCUGGUCCCUCAUCAACCAGACGAACGAGCUCUUGCUAGAGAUGCUGGACCGUCACCGCCCGGAUAGAACCUUGAUGCACCUGGCGCCUGGGAAGCCGAGAUCACCCAUCAUUCCACUCUUUACUUCGGAUCCCCGGGGUCUGGCACAGCACUGCCAGAGGCACGGCUUCAUGCUGAGGCCGAUUGUGGCACCUACUGUCCCGGUGGGAAGCGAGCGGGUGAGGAUCUGCCUCCACGCCGGCAACUCUGUCGAGGAGGUAGAAGGCUUGGUGUCUGCCAUUGAAGGCUGGCUGGUCGCUCGACCGACGCAUCAAGGUCAAUUAUUCGACAACGCUUUAGUAGGCCAGCCCGGACCGCCAAAGUCACGGCUUUAA